UUUAAAAAUCCCCAUCAUCCAAUCAGAAAAUAGAUCCGUUUUAAACAGAAUUCUGGCAGCCAAUCACUGAGCUUCGCGCCUUCGUCGGCGUUGGUAGGCUGCGUCGUCAGAGAGGGAGGAACGGACUUAGCGCCGAGAGCAUAUUUCUCUUUUAAAUAUUAAUAUAAUUUUUUUUAACUUAAAGGGAUAUAUCCCGUUUUACGUACUCUGGACUAAUUUUCUGCAGGAACAGGUCGAGAUGCCAGUUGUGCGGUUUCAGGCUGGAGAUACUGUGAUGGGCCGCUGGCCCGGCAGUAACCUCUACUACGAGGUCAAAGUGCUGAGCCACUCUCCCAAGUCUCAGCUCUACACCGUCGUCUACAAAGACGGCACAGAACUGGAGCUAAAGGACGCAGAUAUCAAGAGCGUGACUGGAUUCAGGCAGGGCUCCGUCCGCUCUCGGUCCCGGUCUCGCUCCCGUUCUCCUGCGCGGACUCGCCGAAGUCGCUCGCGCUCUCCGGCAAGAACAUCCCGUCGCUCUUCAUCCCACACCACCGAGACACGCAGAGACAAACUGAAAGAUGUGCUGGAGGUGCGCCUCACGCCUGUGACCCGGCGCGGAUCCGGAGCCUAUCCCGGGAUCACUGAGCACAAGACAAUGCCUCUGGUGAACAAUAGCAGCAAUGAGCAUGAAAAGAAAGAGGAGAAUGACACAGCUAACAAAGUUGUUGAGGUAAAGGAAGAAACAGAGAACCAGGUAAGUGGGCGCUACAAUCUUCGCCGCAGGAGGGAGCCGGGGGAAGAGCGACCGUUCGAGCUGAAGGACGCAGAGCCAGUUGUGUUUCUGGCCACACCGCAGCAGACCAGCAAGACUACUGACCUGGAGUUUGGAGGAAGGAUUGGUGUGUUCUUUUUGCUGUUGCUGCUUCCUGUGGUGGUGCUGGCUCUGCUUAUUCUCUGUGGCCAGAAGGAUUCUAGUCUCCUCAGCUUUCCUCGCAUGCUUCCCACACUUGACUCUCUCUGGGACUGGCAGGUUUUUGGCAUCACGCUCCUUUGGCUGCUCUUCCAGGCUGUCCUCUCCCUACUCCCUAUUGGCAAGGUUGUUAAUGGAAUGCCUCUGAAGAACGGAAAAACACUGAAAUACAGGAUUAAUGGGUUUUAUGCGCUACUCGUCAGUGCUGUAGCAGUAGGCGCUGGUGUAUAUAACGGGGUGGAUCUUGGCUACAUCCACACUCAUUUCCUCCAGUUCUACACCUCCGCCCUGCUCGUCUCCAUCCUACUCAGUAUCUACCUGUUUGUCCGUUCCCGUUCGGCCUCUGAUGAUGACCGAGCUCCAGCUGGCAACUCUGGUUAUGUGAUAUAUGAUUUCUUCAUGGGACGUGAGCUGAAUCCACGAAUCAAAAAUUUUGAUAUCAAAUUCUUCUGUGAAAUGCGUCCAGGACUUAUUGGUUGGCUUGUGUUUAACUUUGCUAUGUUACUUGCUGAGAUGAAGCUUCAGAGUCUUGACACCCCGUCUUCAGCCAUGCUGCUUGUGAAUGGCUUCCAGCUGGUUUGGGUUGCUGAUGGCCUCUGGCAUGAGGAGAAACUUCUAACCAUGAUGGACAUUUUGCAUGAUGGGUUUGGGUUCAUGCUGGCUUUUGGAGAUCUGGCCUGGGUUCCCUUUACUUUCACCUGUCAGUCCUACUACCUUGCCAGUCACCCCAGUGACCUCCCUGUGUUUUGGAUUGUUGCCAUCAUCUUAAUGAAUGCCAUUGGCUACUACAUAUUCCGGAAAGCCAACUCGCAGAAAUUUGCUUUCCGAAGAAAUCCGUUCGAUCCUACCUUGUCUCAUCUGAAAACGAUUCCAACUGCAACUGGAAAGAGCCUCAUUGCGUCGGGUCUGUGGGGUUUUGUCCGUCAUCCGAAUUACCUUGGUGACAUCCUUAUGGCUUUGGCCUGGUCCUUAACAUGUGGUUUUAAUCACGUGAUUCCUUAUUUUUAUCUGAUUUACCUAAUCAUCCUGCUGGUGCAUCGGGAGGCGCGAGAUGAGCAUCAGUGUAGGAAGAAGUAUGGCUUGGCGUGGGAGAAGUAUUGCGAAGCGGUGCCGUACCGCAUCUUCCCCGGGGUCUACUGAGAACAUUUGGGGCAUACAAAAUUUCCUGUGGAGCAUCUGAGUGAAAAUCUUAAUUCUAAGAGUAAAAAAACCACUGAGGGUGUUACUGAGCAACUUGGCAGCUAUUUGGAUCCUAGAAGAAAACCGUGUUUUAAUUAGAAUAAUUUGUAAAAUAUUAGCAUUUUGCCCCAGUUAUAAGCUCUCCUAUGUAUAUUAAUGUACAUACGUGUUUUUCUACUCGAGCAAUUUCUGCCAUGACUCUCUACAACCUUCUCCCAUAUUUGAGAUAUUGAAACAUAUGUUUUGCCUUUUAUUUCUUGACGUAUUCUCUAAUACGUUAAGUUUAAUGCUUUUGUAUAUUAUGUUUGAUGGGAUAUUAAUUGAUUAAUUGUAUUCCUUUUUGGUCUGUUUAUUUUGUUUUCUUUACUUUUUUUCUGUAUAGUGAGAACAGUUAUGCUAUGUCUCAGGACCAGUGCUUUUAUGAAAAGAAAAUGGGAAAAUAAUUAUUUUUUUUUUUAUAAUUUAAGGCAGAUUGUUUUGGAAUUAAUUUUAUCCUUACAUGCUCUGUGGUAAAGAUGUUUGUUUUAGCCAAAAUUUUUAUGAAGUUGCUUAUUGCUUAUUUUAUUUUAAAUUUUGUUCUCGAACAGUAGCUAUUGCUUUUUUUGCAAUGUAUACAAUGCAUGGCACCAAAUAUCACAUUACUCAUUUAUUUCAACUAAAUCUACCAUUGUGACUAUUCUAACAUAACUAUAUGAACAAACAGUUCUUCAAAAGAAGAAAUUGGUGUCUCCAAGUUUCCAAUGUCUUAGUGAUAAUAUUGGUAUAUUAGGCUGAUCAAAUGUAAAUAAAUUGCUGAGAUAUUUUUGAUGUAAAUUAUAAUCUCUUGGUGCAAAUCUUUUUAUUAAAUUUACAAAAUAAUUUGCACAGAAAGAAGUGUUUAUUAGGUAACCUUUAGUCACCUAAUAGAAGCAGGAUCAAAAGACUGGAAACUUCUGUCCUGUGUAGCAAAUCAGUAUUUCAUUAAAUGGGCAGAUUAUCCAGCAUGUACACUGCAAAACUAAUAAUUUAUGUACAUUUGAACCUUUCGCAUUUUAUUGAUAUUUACUGUUUUGUUUUGCUUUGUUUUUUAACCUAUUGACCUUUUUAUUGCUGUUGCUAUUUUAUUUUUGUUUUGGUAGAACUGAAUUUCUUUUCAUCAGCAAUUUAGCCAGUUGUCUUUUGGUUAAUUUGGUAAAUGAGCUAUGUGAGAUGACUGCAAAAUAUUACAUUAUAUGAUUUGUGAAAUGUUCUGUUUGCCUUUCAUUAGAUAACAGAAGAAUACCCCAGGGUUGUUUAUAGAAAAAAAAAAAAAAAGCAAAAAAAAAAUAUAUAUGGCCUAUAAGGCAGGCCUUGCAUUGUAUGUUUUGCCAAAAAUAAAGUAUUUUGCGUAGCCUACUUGUUUUAUUUUAUUAAACAAAAGCAAUCAGCUUCAAUCCAAGCAUCAUUUGAUGUUCAGUUAGAAUCACAUGUUGUGCUCAGCUGAGACCAACACAACUUUCUGGCCAUCUAUUUGACUUUACAAAGGGACUACGUACAAGGGAAAGCCACCAAAUCAAAUGAGUCACUGUUUCUCUGGGAUUUUGUGUUGUGGCUAGUGGUCCAGGUGCUAUUGUGAAGACUGAAUCAUGAUUAUCUGAUAUGUACUACUUUUUUUUUUUCUACACAUUGUACAUUGUGCAUGAAAAUGCAAACACAAAUGCAUGUGUUUGAAUUAUGCGUUCAUAUGUCUCACUGCACUCACAUGGCAACGGAAUAAUAAGUGUUAUAAAUAUUAAAUUUUAUUUACUUAAAGAC